AUGGUGGGAUUUCAAAGAGUAUUAGCUGAGAUGAGAGCAUUAUCAAAUGAAGGUACUGAUGAUUUUCUGAAAAUUGAUCCCACUAAGUUCUGUAGAGCCUUUAUCACUGAGAUUCCAAAGUCUGAUGCUGUAGACAACAACAUAUGUGAGUGCUUUAAUAGCUAUAUAUUGCAUGCUAGGGGUAAACCGAUAAUAGACAUGUUGGAAGACAUUAGGACUGCCAUUAUGCAGAGAAUGGCAGAGAAGAGAGAUCUCUUUGUGUGUUCUACUGACGCAUUGUGCCCUAGGAUAAGGCUGAUAGUGGAGGAGAACAAAGAGAGGUCUAGGUCUUGUUUGCCCACGCAUGCUGGAGAUUGGAAAUUCCAAGUUAAGGAAUUUGGGAAUACAUAUGUUGUUGAUUUACCUGCCAAGACAUGUAGUUGUAGGAAAUGGAACAUAACAGACAUUUCAUGCCCCCAUGCUGUGAGUUGUAUUCGUUAUGUGAGGAAAGAUAUUGAUGACUAUGUGAGUGAGUGGCUUAAAAGAGAUGUGCAUUCGUUGGCCUAUAAACAUCUCAUGCUACCAUUAAAUGGUAAGAACUUGUGGGAAAUGCCUCAAGGUGAUCCUAUAUUCCCUCCCAUGGUGAAGAAACAACUUGGAAGACCAAAGAAAAAUAGGAAGAAGCACAUCGGUGAACAAGAACCUGAGGGAGAUCAAGUUUCAAGGAAAGGACAGGAGAUGAGGUGCAGUAUCUGUCAUGAAUAUGGCCAUAACAGGAGGACCUGCAAGAAAAAUAACAACCAACCCACUGAUGGAAAAAGUUGUGAGGUUAGACAAGUGGAUGAGAGCCAGCAAGUGGAAAUGCAAAGUCAUGUGAAUGAGGUCUCUGUCAGCCAGCAAGUUCAAAUGCAAAGGCAAGUGGAAGUGCAACACCCUCAUGCACCAGCAUCUACAAGCCACCAAUCAAUUACUAGAGAGGUGCAAGAAUCUGGAACUUCAACACGUGCACAGGACAUCAGACCAAAAUUACAGAUUUGGAGGAAAGAAAGAGGAGAGUCAAGCUCCAAGAAAAAAAGGUCUGCCACAAAAGUGGAUCCAAGUGUGGAUGCUCUUAUACGCAGAGAAUUGUCCCUGGCUUUUAAAGGGAUUGGGGUCCUAACAGGAGAAAGUGGAAUGACAUACAUUCGUAAAUGA